AACCAAUAAUCUAACCUCACAUUUUGCAAUCAAUUUGUUGUAAGUGAGCUAUUUAAGAAAAAGGUCAAAGUAAAUUAAAAAUUAUUUAAAAUGGCAAAUAUGGUGCAUUGUCAAUUGUGGAUGGGCAGUUUGGAGCCCUAUAUGACCGAAACAUUUAUCAUAUCAGCGUUUCGAAAAAUGGGGGAGAACCCUCUGAAUGUAAAAGUAAUGAGAAAUAAAUUUACUGGCGAACCUGCUGGUUAUUGUUUUGUACAUUUUGCUAAUGAUGAAGAAGCUAUAGAUGCCAUGCAUAAAUUAAAUGGUAAAAUAAUACCAGGAACUAAUCCUGUUGUUAGGUUCAGAUUAAAUAAUGCUAGUAAUGCAGGGAGAAAUAUUCUAGACAGAGAAUUUUCUGUUUGGGUUGGAGACUUAAGUCCUGAUGUUGAUGAUUACAAUUUGUAUCGAGUUUUCUCUUCAAAGUAUAAUACUAUUAAAACAGCGAAAGUUAUAUUGGAUAAUAGUGGAUUUAGUAAGGGGUAUGGCUUUGUAAGGUUUGGAAGUGAGGAUGAAAUGAAAGAUGCAUUAAUAAAUAUGAACGGCUACAUUGGUUUGGGGACAAAAUCGUUAAAAAUAUGUAAUGCAGUGCCUAAACCAAAAGGUGCCGCAACUACUACUACAACAACUACUGGAAGUAGUUCUACAAGUACUUAUUCAUCUGCAACCUCUGAUUACACUCAGUACUAUGAUCCCUCUACUUACUGGCAAAACUAUGCCACAUGGCAAACAAGCUACUAUGACCAAGGUACAGAUAGUACACAAGCUACACCAGAUUAUCACACUUCUGAAGCAGUUGUUCAACAUUAUAAUGAAAGAAGAGCAGCAGAAGAGGAUGAGCUUGAACUUAUUGAACAUUCAACUCCAGUUGAUGUAGAUAAAUUGAACCGAGAAAAAAUGGAGCAGGAUUGCAAUUUAUGGGAUGCAUUGGAAAGUUCAAAGUGGUUACCAUGUGAUAUAUUAGAAGUUUGUUAAGUGGCUCACCUUCAUAUACCUACUUUAUAAUUUCCAAUAAUCUUACAGUUAAUUAUGUGUAUGUAUAAUUAAUAGUUGAAUGGACCCUUAAUUGAAUUUAUACAAG